GUGAAGAGAAACUGGGUCACCGAUCGAGAAUCGUUUAUGUCACCGUUCUGUGGGCUGACAUUACAUAGAACCAGCGGAUUUCAAUGGACAGGCUAACUUCUCAUGACCUACUAGAGAUCACACCAGCUGCUUGAGGAUCUUAUAACAUCAGGCGAGAUUGAUUGCAUCAAAGUGGAUGAAACUAGGUCAGACUGAAUCAAAUCGUACUCGACCAGAUCAACACGGAACAAACCAGAGUGGACCAGACUGAUCCAGACACUACCAGGCCCGUUCAGGAGACCUGUUCCAGUUUCCUAUCCAGUUGAGGGCUCGAGAGUGGAUGGAAGGAGAUGAUUUUAACACAGAGGCUGUGAUGAACAUCUGUGAUGACCUGAUGGCAGACCAAAGGAUGGACAUCUCGUCUACAAUGACUGACUUCAUGUCCCCUGGCUCCACUGACCUCAUCUCCAGCUCCAUCAGCACGCCUGGCAUGGACUACACCCGAAAGAGGAAGGGCAGCACCACAGACUACCAAAUCGAUGGCUUCUCAUUUGAUGACAUGGACCCAGACAAAGACAAACUGGGAAGUGACCAGCAGGGCCGGAUUAAGAAUGCCAGAGAGGCCCACAGCCAGAUCGAGAAGCGUCGCAGGGACAAGAUGAACAGCUUCAUUGAUGAGCUCGCGUCGCUGGUGCCCACCUGCAACGCCAUGUCCCGCAAGCUGGACAAACUGACGGUCCUGCGCAUGGCGGUCCAGCACAUGAAGACACUCAGAGGUGCAGCCAACCCUUACACAGAGGCCAACUACAAGCCCUCCUUCCUCUCAGAUGACGAACUGAAGCACUUAAUACUAAGGGCUGCUGAUGGCUUCCUGUUCGUGGUCGGGUGUGACCGUGGAAAGAUCCUCUUUGUUUCUGAAUCUGUGUACAAGAUUCUCAAUUACAGCCAGAACGAUCUGAUAGGUCAGAGUCUGUUCGACUACCUUCACCCCAAGGACAUCGCCAAGGUUAAAGAGCAGCUGUCUUCUUCUGACACGGCCCCACGAGAAAGACUCAUUGACGCUAAAACUGGUCUUCCAGUGAAGACGGACAUCACCCCGGGUCCUUCCAGGCUCUGCUCCGGAGCCAGGCGGUCGUUUUUCUGCAGGAUGAAGUGUAACAGGCCCUCAGUCAAAGUCGAGGACAAAGACUUUCCUUCCACAUGCUCUAAGAAAAAAGCAGACCGCAAGAGCUUCUGCACCAUCCACAGCACGGGCUACCUGAAGAGCUGGCCCCCCACAAAGAUGGGUCUCGAUGAGGACAACGAGCCCGACAACGAGGGCUGCAACCUGAGCUGCCUGGUGGCCAUUGGACGCCUGCAUCCCCACAUCGUUCCCCAACCCAGCCUGGCAGACAUCCGGGUGAAGCCCACAGAGUACGUCUCCCGGCACGCCAUCGAUGGCAAGUUUGUCUUCGUGGACCAGAGAGCUACAGCCAUUCUCGCUUACCUGCCCCAGGAGCUGCUGGGAACCUCCUUCUAUGAGUAUUUCCACCAGGACGACAUCGGCCACCUGGCAGAGUGCCACAGACAAGUGCUGCAGAUGAGAGAGAAGAUAAACACCAACUGUUACAAGUUUAAAAUCAAAGAUGGCUCCUUCAUCACGCUUAGGAGCCGAUGGUUCAGCUUUAUGAACCCCUGGACCAAGGAGGUGGAGUACAUCGUCUCCACCAACACUGUCGUGUCGUGUCCCAUGAUGGAGGGAUCCGACUAUCCUCAAUCUGCUGCCUCGCCACAAAGCAUGGACAGUGUUCUCACUUCAGAGGGUGGAGGACGGCGGGCGCUACAGACAGUGCCUGGCAUCCCUGGUGGCACGAGAGCAGGGGCUGGAAAGAUUGGACGCAUGAUUGCAGAAGAAGUGAUGGAGAUCCAGAGGAUCCGAGGCUCCUCCCCCUCCAGCUGUGGCUCCAGUCCUCUGAACAUCACCAGCACCCCUCCACCCGACACCUGCUCUCCAGGGGGCAAGAAGAUCCAGAAUGGAGGGACGCCUGACCUGCCCAGCACGGGGAUCAUUCCUGGACCUGAUUCUGUGGGCUACCCCUACUCCAACCAGUCCAUCAUGAGUGACAACUCCCACCUGAGCAUAGACAUCAUGGACGAGCCCGGUUCCAGCAGUCCCAGCAACGACGAGGCGGCCAUGGCGGUCAUCAUGUCCCUGCUGGAGGCGGACGCCGGCCUGGGCGGCCCGGUGGACUUCAGCGACCUGCCCUGGCCUUUGUGAGAACGCUGAAGGGAAGAAGCAGAGGAGGACUGCCUCUGAGCACCAGAGCCACUGAUGGACAGACCUCAGUCAGGGUGGAUCUGGCUGCCACGUUUCUUGCUCUUUGCACACAACUACACUGCAAAACAAGUCCGCCCCACCAAACCAGCUCUCAAAGUUUCAAUUCAAGUGUUCUGAAAAGAACCACACACACACACAUGGUGAUUUAAGGACCCCACCCCGGCCUUUAGAGUCAUCAUUCCCUGUGGGUGGACGAGGGAGCCAGAACCUGGUUCAGGUGAACAGAAGGACUUCAUCAGAGGUGCUGGUCUUUGUGUUUUGCAGUGUUAGUUGCAUGCAGACAAGAUAUUCAGUAACAUUGCCACGCUGGCUGGGAGACCUUUACCCAAGGAUCCGGGUGCUCACAGGCCUGCUGGUGGAUUGAACCCUGUCUAACAGUGGCUCUGGACCUGUUCAUGGUCAGGUCAAAAACCAACCCACAAACCAACACAGGACUCCUGAGACCUUCACAGACAGUGUUGAAGGUUGACGGGGCAUGGAGUGAUUUCUGCUCGCCCGCCUCAAACCUCUCGACAUCUCAAACUUGACAUUCGAGUCUCAUCGUAGGACGUCAGCGACGCACUCGGUGGUCGUGGUGCACUCCCUGGACUAGUCCGCUUCACCAAGCUGAUCUUCACCGUGAGGACGGAGCGCACAGCAGGCGUCCUCUGAGGGUCACAGGCUCUUACGUUCUCCAGACGUGUUCAUUUAAAAAGAAAGAAGCCUCCUAGCUGCUGUUUUAUCCACUAACACACGUUAACACAUCUCCUCCGGCUCGCUCUGGAGCCUCAGAGGAGAUCCCCCUGAACUAUAGAGAGGAGUGUGUUCCUCUCCUGAGUGUGAUACACAGUUUUGAAGUAUAUUCUGUAAGUUGUGAUGCCUAAAGCUGUUCAGACGUAAUACCCAUAAAGCUCUCGGUGUGUGGAGGUCUUCACAAGUCCAAACUCUGGGCGUCUCUGCAGGACUCGGGCUGUGCUCCAACUCCAUUCAACAUUGUUUAUCAAUCCUCAAUUUGUAGUCAUUAAUAAUGAAUACGUGAGUCCAAGACAGGAAGUGAGCACACAAAGAACCUGUUAUUAAUAGUGACAGAGGGAUCAGAGGGGGCGGAGCUUGAGAACAAAACAAACAUGGUUUAUGUUAAAUUUAAAGUACAGUAUGUUUAAAACAGAGCAGCAUGGCCAACAUUACAGUGAGUGGUUAGUGGUGACGUAGGCCCGUCACUGUUCAUUACCUCCAGUGAUAUAAGCUCACACUUCACACCCCUCAUAUGGAGACUGGAGUCGGUGAACAGCUUUGAUCUGGGCGCUGUGAUCUGCUGCCUUCAAAUGGAACUGGUGCUGGUGUUUGUGGAGAGUCCAGAUACCUGUUACCCUGCAGGACCAGAACAGACUGUGACACAGGAACACGUCGAGGCCACUCCUACAUGAACACUUCCUGUUCAGAGAUUGUAUAUAUUAGGGAUGCACUGAAAUGAAAAUUCUUAGCCGAAACUUAAAAAAUGAAAAACAAGGUCGAAAAACCAAUUAUUAGUACCUCUGCAUUUCUGUCUUUGACUGUGUACUAACCUUACUAAAAUCAAGGAUCUCAUUGAACAGAUCAGACAACCAGGGUACAUGCCCCUCAUCUGGUUCACAGAGACCAGUCCUUUUUUCUGCACUCUGUUCUCCUUCUCCUGCGCUGUGCGCUUCUCCGUCUCUAAGCAGGUUCUCUGCAUCCAUGUCGGCCUGGAUCAUUUCUCGUACUCGCUGCUUUAUUCCCACAUCCAAGUAAUGAUCUUUAUAACACGGAUCAAGUACAGACACGAUGAAGUGCAGAGGAUCUGAAUAGAUCUCAGUGAAACGUGUGCUGACAGACUCUAAGAGUGUACUUGUCAUUGUUUUCACUCCGUGGUCCGUCUCACCCUCUUUGCUUAGGAGACUCUUUAGUGCUGAAUUAAAGGAAGAAGGUCUGCAGACAUGUUGGUCCUUAUCCAGACAAGCGCGUACUGGCCCCGGUUGUGAUGCUUGCGUCAUCACAACAUCCUGUGUCAGCCGUGUUGUUGAUUGAAGUCUUUCGAAAAUUUUCAGUGGCUGAAUUUUCGGUGCAUCCCUGAUAAAUAUAUAUUAAUCAACCCUCCAGUGAAGAAAGCUCCAGUUAGUGACAGUUCAGCACAGAGGAGGCUCAGAGCUUUCCAACAUUCCCUUUAGAAACAGCCCCCAUGUACCUGUGUGUGCUGAGUCACCCUCAGAGGGGCUGAUGGGUAACGAUGACGAGUGCGUCAUCCUCUCACGGUUCACGUUAAAUAUACCUCAUGAGGCAGAUUCGGUCCAUGAUUAUUCAUCAGAGCUGACAGAAAGCCCACUCAGGUCCACUGAAGGCAGCACGUCUGAUCACUAACGCUCCUGAUUCAGAACAUCAGGGACUGUAAAGACCUCCACUGCUUUGUUCUCCAGUAUGUUCUCCAUGGAAGUCAUGUUCUCCAGGCGGAGAGAAGCUCUGCCGACUGGAGCAAGCAGGACCUUGGGAAAGGAGGCUGUAGCCUCAACCUCACAGACAAGUCGAGUUCCUCACUGCCAAUAUACCCAGGUCUGCACAAGGCGGACUACAGGCUAACUCAGCCUGCAGGUCACUUAGCAUCAGCCUGCUGAAACACCUGGAGGUCCGGGUCACAGGGUCUCCACCUGCUCAUCGUUCCCGUGUGAAGCACUUCAGAUGCAGUAAGACUGUUGGUCCUUAGACUCUGGUCUCUCUAUAGACGGGCGGACUCUGGAUCAGCACGUACUGAUUUAACUUUGCCUUUGUGAUAUGAAAUUAAAACAGAGCCGAUGAGAGUCCCUGGGCUUGGGUUUGAAACCUUUGUGAGAAGUCAAAGAGAAAUCACAUCCUGCAAAAAAAGAUGCGUUUUUUAAAACCCAGCCGUUCCUCCUGAAGCUUCACCUCACUGUCAACAACAACAAACCCAGCCUGUUAGCAGAGAGGGCUUUAAUGUAGGAGGUGAGCAUAGACACAGACUCAGUGAUCCAGCAGAGUAGGACUCUAUAGCACAGGGUCUGGAGUCACGUGAGCGUUCAUGGGGUCAGGAGGGACGGCCGCGAGCAUCUGAAUGAAACCGUUUUCAUUUCAGUGUUUCCGUUUUUUCCUCCCUGAUAAAAAUGAUCCUCAACACGACGUCUUCACCUCCUCACCUCCUCACCUCCUCACCUCCUCACCUCUCCAGCUCUGCUGUCGUCACAGAGGAUCAGACGUGGGGAGGAGACCCGCUGCCUGUCUGUGUGGAAGGAGAACUCUUUGGCCUCUUAAACUUAAAGUUCAAUCCUCUGAAUUCAUUUUUAAAAAUUAACAGCUUUCAAGGUCCAACAUGACAGGCAGUUAGAUCCUGAGUAUAUCUGAAUGUUUCUGUAUAUCGUCUGACAUUAUAUAAAAAGAGAAGGGGCCGUGUUGAAAGGAUUAUACAUGAAUAACUUGAAGUCUCUUUAAAUCUGAAUGAUGCACAUUGAUAAAGUAUGACGAGUCAAAAAGGUUUCUUAAAGUCAAAGGAAGCGUGUGAACUCCUGGAUGUUCUGGGUGAAGCUCCACGUCUGGUUGAUGCUGUAACUCAAAGCUGUUCUGUUCGGCUGUAGAGAAAUGAAUAUGUUGUAUUUAUGAACAGAAAGGUUAGACCCUGAUCAGUCUCUCUGCAGCAGCAGGUCUCCAACUUGAAAUCAGGAUUGAAGUAUUUCUCCCUCGUUAGAACAGUCUGGUUCUUUGAAGACUUCUCUUUCUGGUCUGGUUUCUCUCGCUGGUCUUUAAGUUGGUCUACAGUUUAGAUUUCUUUACAGGAACGUGAUGACAGACUGAUCCAACCCCAGACAUGUUUACAGAUCUGGAAUCAGUGAAGAGUGCAGGACUAAAGUCAGAUCCAUCGAUGAGCUUCAAACUUUACAAGUGAUGAUUUUAGUUUCAUCCCUCGACACAUCCAGAGCAUCGCUGACUUCUGUUCCUCCAUCAAAGGCUGGCGUUUAGAUAUCAGAGCUCAGACCUGUGUCCGGAUGACCCGUGUCUGAUGUGGAUCUAUGAAAGACACAUUUUCCCUCAUACGGUCACAAAGAUUAUAAUCUGUAAAUGAUUCAUCCCCUCAUGGACUCUGGUUAUUCUGUCAGAUUAGGGCUGAAGAGCGACUCCUCUGUUACCACCUGAGUGAACUCUUACAGUGGACUCAGUGGGAUUGAAUCAAGACUGUUGACAUAACAGAACUAGCCUCGCUCAGGCUCCGCCCCCUCCUGAGCUCCUCCAGUCAGGCAGCAGCUGGUGAGGUCUCCUCUGUCUCUGUUUUAGUGGUUUUCUGUUUCAAUGUUUUAACGCUUCACACUACAAUAAAGUGUCCCCCCCCAUGUUGAUAUCCCCCUCCCCACCUGACAAUAAUGUAUCAAAUCUUUAAAUAUUAUCAUGUUAAGAGUAUACUUUAUGCAAAUAUAUAUGAGUAUGAUGAGUGUAUUGUAUGUAUCAGCAGUGAAAUAUUUUUAAAAUAAAAUUAUUUGUUUCUGUCAGCUG